CAUGCCAAGGCGGAGACGAGCGCUCCGUAGGUGUGUGAUGUGGUUCAAUUUGGAGACUUCCUCGACUGUCGCUCGGGGAUAUUCAGAGAUCGUAUGCGAAUUCUGUGCCGGGGAUAAUGGUGGUAACGUUAACGACUCGUUAAUGCCACUGGUAACGCGAAAACGAUCGUAACAACGGGAGUGCCGGUGAACGAAGUAGUAGUAGUAGUGUUGUUUGGUGAUCAAUGAACUCUGCGUUGCUGUAUGUUUGGGGCGUGCUGCCACUAUUACCUAUUAAGCCGGCAGACAUGACAACGUAAUAGAGAAUUAUACGUAAAAUUUUUGAUAGAAAAAUAAAGACAACUGGUCCCUGUACGGUUGAAGGUAGAUGACUGAAGAUGAAUGACAUAGAAAGCAUAAGCAUGAAGGGGAGCGGAGGAUCUAAGAUGCCUCAUAGCCAUUCAACCCCAGCAGGUGUAGACGGGGGUAGUAGAACUCCUCCCACAACACCUAGGAAAGCUGGGAAAAUGCUUGCUGUUCGUGUACAAAUGUUGGAUGAUACUAUUACAAUGUUUCAAGUUCAGGCCAAGGCAUUGGGCAGAGUAUUGUUCGAUCAAGUCUGCAAACAGUUACAUCUCUUGGAGGCUGAUUAUUUCGGACUCGAGUAUCAAGAACCUAAUGGGACUAAAUACUGGCUAGAUUUGGAGAAACCCGUUUGUAGACAAGUCGGGCUAUCGUUGAUAGAUCCACUUUUGAGAUUUUGUGUCAAGUUUUAUACACCCGAUCCAGCGCAACUGGAGGAAGAGUUUACGAGAUAUUUAUUUUGUCUCCAAAUCAAGCGAGAUCUGGCUCAAGGUUUGCUCCAGUGCAACGAUAAUACGGCAGCUCUGAUGGCCAGUUACAUUGUCCAGGCGGAAUGCGGUGAUUACGUAAUUGAGGAUUAUCCGGAUCAUACGUACUUGUCGACUUACAAAUUUGUGCCUCAUCAAGAUCAGGAACUAGAGCGUCGCAUCAUGGAGAAUCAUAAAAAGCACGCAGGUCAAUCUCCGGCAGAGGCUGACUUGAAUCUACUGGAGACGGCGCGUCGUUGCGAGUUGUACGGAAUGAAGAUGCAUCCGGCGAAAGAUCACGAGGGCGUGCCGUUGAAUUUGGCGGUGGCCCAUAUGGGAAUCGUAGUUUUUCAAAAUUUCACGAAAAUCAACACGUUUAGUUGGGCGAAAAUCCGGAAGAUCAGCUUCAAAAGAAAGCGAUUUUUAAUCAAACUUCAUCCGGAGGGAUACGGUUACUACAAGGACACGGUGGAGUUCUUUUUCGAGGGCCGUAACGAGUGCAAAAAUUUUUGGAAGAAAUGCGUCGAGAAUCAUGGAUUUUUCCGUUGCUCGGUGGUGAAACGAGUGAUGCGGCAGAAGACGCGAGUCUUGAGCCGUGGUUCGUCGUUCAGGUAUAGCGGGAAAACGCAAAAGCAAAUCGUCGAGUUCGUGCGGGACAAUUACGUGAAAAGGCAAACGUUUCAAAGGUCCAAUUCGUUCCGGCAGACUAGCGGUGGUAGGGCAUUGCAGGGCUUGGAGGGGGGAGGCUAUCGUGGGGCCACUCCAAGCAGCUCCCUUAUGGGCAGCUCCAGCAUCUCUGCCCACCCCCUCCUGCCCCUCGGCGAUCCUGCCCUGGAAACCCCAGCUCUGUCUCUGUCAUGCGGCUCGAUGACACUGGAUUCUCCGACGACUGUGACGAGUGUCUCGAUGGGAGGGACGAUUCACCGUCGCGAAGACACAGCUACGUCGUUUCGGACACUUACGUCCAUCGACGUUCAUUCCCCGGCCACACCCAGCCAGGUCCAAGCACCGCGACAGAUGCUUGUUACCAGCCAUCAACGGAUUUCAUCAGCAGGUCGUAUCAGCCCCUCUAACAGCAGUCCCCCUGAAUUCCCACCGCCGCGACCCAUGCCCAGACAUCCCUGGCAGCGAUCGGCCAGUUGCCGUGAAUUGUACGCCUCGAGUUUCGAGGAUUCCGGGAAAGCGCGAUCGAAGGACGAGAAACCGAUCAACGCCGCUGGGGAGACGGUCCUCUUGGAACCGUUCCGGUUGCCCUCGCAAGGGGAGCUGGAUAAUCCGGUGACGCGGUACGACGAGAGCAAUCGUUCGUACAGCGCCGCCAGCUCGAAAUUGCCCUCGUUGGACCACGACUCGGUACCCGAGCGCGUCUACAGCAGCUCCUAUCCGGGUACCUCGUCGCUGUCCACCGAAUCCGGCCACGAGGAGUCCGGCCCGGCUGGCGAUCUGUCGCACGACGAUCUAUCGCACGACUCCUACGAGCUUUUGGAACGCGAGCACGAAUUUGAGUAUCCGGAAUCGUAUUCCAGUCCAGACGGGGACGGGGAGGACGAGCCGAUUUCGGACCGUAGCGACGAAGGAAUCGAGCGGGAGAUGUUCCAAAUGGACGCCGAGACCGAUUCCUUCGUCAAGCACCGGACGAUCAAGUCCGCGGAGAAACAGCAAUUCAAAUCCGUGCUCGCGGACCUUAAGAACGCGACUCGAACAAAGUCCAUCGAUCGGUACACGACGGUAACCGCGGAACUCGACGCCACUGACUAUGUGACCGUCGAGUCUAGGAUACAGCGAUCCAGCACGCAGAUCGAGCGAAAGUUCGAAACACGACACGCCAAUUCGGUGGUGGAACCACCCCCACCGCCACCUCCGCCGCAGCAACCGGUGCUGCAAGGAUCGCCGUUGCCGCAACAAAUAUCGAAUCUGUUGCACCUUCCGCAUCAGGAUUCCGAGCGUAAAGAUCCGGUCGUGUUGCAGAUACAGAAGCAAAAGAUGUGCGUGCUGAACGAGCUGAAAAAUCUGAAGCCCAAGUAUAAGAUCACGCACGUGGACUCGGAGGUGUUGCGGGACGAGGGUAUAAUGCGUCCGAAGUCGCGGAUAGACGACGACUCGAGCCCGGUCGAGUCGUCCAACCGAACGAUCGCUGAUCGACGGGUCAGAACGGUACGAGCGCGUAGCAUAGCGAGCCUCGAGGAUCACGUUCCACGGACUUAUGUGGAGACAGGCAGCUUAGGCAGGGGUCUUAGGAAUCGGGAAAAGAAGGGCCGCGACAGCGACGCGAAGCUCGAGCGAUCGUUGUCGAAGCUGCAGGAGAAGGAGCGUCGCAGGAGCAUGGAUCGAGGGGAUUCGCGGGAGUACGUUAAAAAGACGGAUAAAUUCGGCGGUAUGCCCGGCGAGACCAGGGAACGUCGACGGUCGAUCGAACGAUUCGAUUAUAGGGAACAUCGUCGAGCGGACGGUCACGGUCGGCGUAGUAUCGAUCGGAUCGAUCUUAGGGAGCUGAGGAGGAGCAUCGAGCGAUUGGACGUCCGUGAGAGGAGCUACGAACGAUUGGAUUCGAAGGAGAGGAGUCCGCACGAGCUACGGAGAAAGAGCUUCGAGCGUCUAGACUCGCAGGGACUGCGCACCAGCAACGAGUACUUGAACAGAAGCCCGAAGGAGAGGCACCGUUGCUCGGAGUCGCGCGAGCAUCGCGAGAGAAGCAUCGAACGGUUGGACUCGCGCGAGAAAAGGAGAAGUCCUGGUAGCAGAAGCAAUACCGUUGAUUACAAUCAGCGACACACAUUGGAGAGAUUCGAUUCAGGUAACAGAAGCCCGUUCGAGCGAUCGACCGCGAAGGAGCAGCGCGGCAGGAGCGUCGAGAGGCUCGACGCCGCUGAGAGACCGACCUUUGACUUCGAUCCCGUCACGAUCGAGCGGCUAGAGUCGCUGGAGCGUUGCAACUCGAGGGACCGUGCUCAGGAUCGCAGGUCCGAGAUGAGAAGCGGCGAGCGCAAGAGCAUAGAGCGACUGGACUCGCGGGAGCGAAGGCAUCUGGAACGAACGGAGUCGCGGGAACGUGGAAAGCACGCGGAGAACACGCGGGCUGGAAGGAGUCUGGAGUGUCUGGAGCACGAAAUUUAUGAGUGGAGGCGAAGCAGCGUCGAGAAGAUCGAGGCGAAGGACGCGAAAAGGAGCAAGGUGGCGGCUGCGCGGUCCGAGAAGGGAAAACUAGAGGAGAAACCGCGAGAGAGGGACGAUUGGAGGAGCCUGGAGAAGGCGCGAAAGGACGAGGAGAAACGGGAACGGGAACGACAGUCGAGGCUGUCGCUGGAGUCGAGAACGGAAACGGUGAUAGGCGUGCCGUUGGAGAUGGAGAACCUGAAGAGCAACAAGACCGUGUUCACCGAGUACGAGCCGAAGAUCGUCGGUGGCGUGGUGCUGGGUUUCGACGACACGAUCCCCGGUCACACGCCCGUAGAACGCACCAAAAGCGAUCCGAAUCCCGCCAGACAGAGGCUCGGAUCGAACAGCAAACGGCACAUCCUGAUGCAUCAGAAGUCCAUCGAUCUGACGCCCGCCGAUUCCGGGGACGAGGAUCCUUUCUCGGACAGCGCGGCCAUCCAGAAGGCGAACAUCGAGAUACCGUACACUCUGCACAAACGUCACGUGAUGAACGGAACCGCUUCCGACGAGAAGUCCGAGUCCGACAGCGGCAAAACCACGAAGAAACCGCCGCCGGCAGUGGUCGUCGCCAGAGAGCUGCCCAAGCUGCCGUUGAAGCUGAUCGCAGACGUGACGUCGUUCGAUCUGUCCAAGCUGACCUCGAUCGAGAAACCCGGCAGCAAAUUGUCCCCCGAAAAGCCCGGCAACAAACUGUCCCCAGAGAAGCCGAAGAGCACCACGAUCUCGCCCACCAGACCGAAAUCGAUACUGAUCAGUCCAUCCGAGAAACAGAAAAGCAUCCCCAGUCCCACGUCGAAAUUGUCGCCAACUGACACUGCAAUGGCGAAAACGAUCCUUUGCAGUCUUUCGCCAACAAGCAGAAGUCCGUCGAAGCCAAGCUCGAAGGCUCCCUCGCCCGACAAGAAAUCCUCUCGAUCCGCCUCCUUCGAUCGGAGUUGCGUCGUCGAAUCUAGUCCCGGCGAUCGGCGACCCACACCGUCGCCGAAAUUGUCCCCGAUCGAGCCGAACGUCACAAUUGUCACGGCGAUCGAGAGACGCUCGCCGAAGGUGUCGCCAACCGAUCCGAACGUGACCAUCGUCUCGGUGAUACAGAAGAGAAAGUCGCCGGACAGCAACAAAGUAUUGGGCAUUGCGCAGAGGUCGUUGGACUCGAGGACGAAGCCUCGAAAUUUCGCGGACGUUGUCGGAAUGGAGAUGAAGAUGAAGCUCGAACGGAAGGCCAAGUCUGAGGUCGAGAAGGACAGUCUGAAGAUGCCGGAUGAUAGUUUAGAGAAGCAGGACAGCAUCGAGAAAAUUCCGUUGCCCGAGAUUCCGGCGCCGAUUCUGCCGAACGCGGAGAUGGAAAGGAUCGAAGACACGGGGAACGAACAACCGACGAUGGAGCCUGUUGUCGCGACCACCACGACGACCAGUCUGCCCUCUGGAAAGCCGAAAGUUCCCGAGAAACCGAAGAACCUCGAGAAACUGAGCAUCCCAGAGAAGACUAAACGGAUCCUCGAGAAAAUCGAGUCGAAGUUCUCGGAGGCGAACAAGUGUUCCUCGACGAGGAUCGCCAAGCCGAAGAUCAUCGACACAGGGUUCGACGAUUUCGUCGAUCCUGUCGCCGAUCUGCCAUUGGACGAGGUGCCUGUAAAGCCUGCGUUAGAAUUGGACAGUCUGAAGGUUCCUGAAUUCGUUCCGUUCGCGUCGAGGCCGCACGGCGAGCCGUUGCGAUCGAAGUCGUUGUCGCUGGCCGAGGAGAAAGCACCGAUCGACACUCUCCUGUCGCCGGAGGUCGAGAACAAACAUUUUGUGCCGGACGUGUCGCCGAAACGAGCGAAGAAGGUCCGUUCGGAGACGAAGAAGGACUUCAAGAAACAGUCAAAGUCGCUCGAGGGCGACAAGCCACCGUUGAAGAAGGCUGCUUCGAAGGAGUCCCGGAUGCCGGCCACCAGCACCAAGAUCGACAAGUCGAAGCUGAAGUUGGGCGAGAUGCCGCAGGAGAUCAUCAUAAUCGACUCGACGGAUGUGGUCCCGGAGGUGAGCAUAGUUCAGAAGGGACGAUCGAAAUCCGUGGGCAGACUGCCCGAGAAGACGUAUUCCGCGUCCAGGGAGGAGAAGGACGAAGCAACGGUGGCGACCAAGGGUACACGUGCGAAGUCUGCGUCCGUGGACGAGGAUCUGAUCAAGGUAGUAGCGGGAACGAGGCACGAGAAGGUCAGGCCGAAGUCUCUGGGCAUUUCGAAGAGUCUGGGCAGCACGGAGAAGAAGGACUCGACCGAGAAGAUAUCGCCGAAGAGAACCAUGGCCGCGAGAACCGGUUCGAAAUCGGAGACCAAGUCGGCAGACCAGUCGCGAACGCCCGUUGGGUCGUCGAAGGACAGCGUCAGGCAGGAGUCAAAAGUGUCUCGAACUAAAUCUGAAGCGAAAGUAGACGUCGGUGAGGGCGAACGACAGCCCAGACGGGAACAACAGGAAGCGAAACAGGAGACGAAACCAUCCUCGGAGCAACAGCAGUCGAUCGAUCCUCCAAGAUCCUCGGAACAGCCCGGUAGCAAGGAUGCAAAGGAUACGAAAAAGAGCGCAGUUCCGCAAGAUCUGACGCAGUCCCCAACGGUGGUUUUACGGAAAUCGGGCCAGACACCUGUUCUUUUUGCUCGGGCACGCCUCGGUCUCUCGGAAGGCAGCGGAAUCGGCGCGUUGCAGAGGCAAGGCGCCACCCAAUCGCCGACCUCGCAGAGGCGAGCUAAGUCGCUGGACGCUCCGGUGAUCGCUGUGCACAGAUUACCGCCGGCGAAUGCAUUCUCCAGCAAAGACGACACCGUGGACGUGUCGGAGAGUCGGGAGGAGGACCAGGAGUACCGAUCGGCGGACAUUCGUGAGAUGAUCGGCCUGGAAGCAGAGACACCGAGCGCGAAUUUCGCCUCCAAGCCGCAGUCGUCGGUUCCAUUCGAGGCGUCGCCGAAUCACAGAUCGGACAGCACCGAUCACACCACCGUGCCGGAGAUCUUCACGGACUCGUUGUCCGUCACCGAGACCUCGGCGCAGUAUCUGGAAUCGCCGUUGACGGAGUGCAACGAGAUCAUCGCGACGACGGUUGACUUGAUCCCGUACGAGAGGGACACAGCGGGGACGGAGUACGUGGAUUCGAACGGGAAAGAACCGAGUAUCACGUUGGAGAACGCGAAAGUGGACGACGGAACGAAAUUCAUCGAUCAGAGUUCGGUCGAGUCGGGCGCCGAGCAAGAGGUAGCUUUCGAGAGAACGGUCAGAGCGGAGAAGAUCGAUAUGCUGAGCGUUUCGAGGACUCUCGAGGGAUCUGUGCCGCAAACUACCACCACCACCACCACCACCACCACUACCAUCACCCUCGAAUCUACGACAACAGAAAAUGAACAAGAAUAUGUCGAUGAGACGGAGGAUCGUGGGCAUUCCGUCGAGCUGGAAGAAAAACCAUCGAUGGAGAGAGGGGAGGAUCUUCCAGACGUGACCGUGAUCGUAAGCGCCGCUCGAGACGACGAGGGAACGUACGGAAGGCCCAUCGAUUUCGAUGAGAAUCAAGACAUGGUCAGAUCGCCGAUUCAGAUAUCAAUCGAGGAAUGCUCGGACGACGAUGUCGGCGACGAGGACGACGAUGACGAUGUCGUUUCCGGUAGCGACGAUCAGUACGACGAGGAGGAUUAUCCAGAGAUUCGAGAGCUGGACGGCGACGACAAUCGUCCGUUCGAUUCCGGUGACACCAGCGAGGAUACCUUAGACGCUCUGGACACGCAGAUCCGUACCAGAGGUGGCGAAAGCGAUCAGAGCUCGCCGGAUUACGGCGUCGACCGGAUGGACGAGAAAACGUUGGUCGAGGUCGAGCUGACGCCCGAGUAUCUCGAGGCCAGACGCGUGGAUGAGGCGGACGAAGAGGUAGAGGAGGAGGAGGAACUGCCGGAGGACGAGCCAGCUGGCGAGACCGCGAGACAGAGGAUCGAAUCGCCGGUGAACAGUGGUAAUCGUUUGUCGAUCGACAAGAAGCUCAGAUUGAGCAGCGAACGUUCCAGAAGCGAAGAGACGAACACUUGGACGCCGGAUCGGGAGGAUCCCGAGUCGAGUUCCUGCUCGAUCGCUCGGCCCCUCGGAAUAGGACAGAUUCAGCCGAUCGUGGAUCGACGAGAGUUGGCCGUGAUUAGAGACGCACGACGAUCCGUGGCCAGCGGCCGUGGAGCCGGUUCCCUCGAGGAGGAGAACAACGGUGGUUCUCACCCGAGUGGCCCGCGGGCCGAGAUGAGUUCCACCUGGAAGUCUUUUCCUCUGGAGAGUUCCGGAAGCUCGAGCAUAGAGGACGGCUGUUGGCAGCCGUUGGACGAGAGCAACGCCGUGCAGUCGCAAUCCGAGGACAGCAACGGCCAGAACGAGGACAGCUUUCAGGAGGAUCUCGCCGAUUUUCCCGGAACUUUCGUCUACCCGAUCGGCCCGGACAUCCUGGCCAGCUGCGGUACGUUCGCGUUGACGCGCACGCUCUCGCGGAUAUCCGAGAGGUCGACGACCUCCGAGCAGGACAAGAGCGACUUGGAGGACUCGUUCAAGCCGAGCUCGAGAUCCCCGAGCUUGGACGACGAGUCGUUGAUGUCGAGCGAUCAUCAGCCGUCGUUGUCCUCCGAUCCACCGUCCGGGACCGAGGAUCCCGCGAGAUCACCGAAAACCACCGGUAGAUCGAAGCUAAGGGCUCAGACCUCCGAGGAUUGGCCGUCGCCGCCGAGUUCCCCCGUCUUCGAUCCGCCCCCGCGUCAUUUGGUCAGCCACGUGGAGACAUAUUACACGGAGAUCAAGCCCGAGGAGGCGGUCAAGGUGACGGUGACCGACAGCACCGAGACGCCCGGUCGCGUGGAUCGUGACAGCGAUUCUAGCGACGACGAGAACCGAACCCUCCACGACGAUCUUCACUCCGCAUUGCUGGAGGACGGGCAGAGCUCGAUGUCCGCGACCACCGUCGAUGGUACCGUGGAAGAGGUGGCGGUUAAACCGAAAUCGAAUUCCUAUAUAACCGGCUCCUCGCACAGCGAGGACACGUCGAUGGGCCUGUCAAUGUCCGAGUGGUCCAGCUCGAACAACACCGUGCGCCAGUUCUGUCAGUAUUCCGGCACCAAGUCCGACGAUAAUUCCCUCGCCGAGCUCGGAGCUUCGAUAUCGUCGGACUGGUCGGGCAGCACCACCGUAGUACCUCAACAAUACUAUUCCCCGAUGACAGUGGAGAAAAGCCAGAGCGACACCACCACCUCUGACAAGAGCGUGACCAGCAUGAGACCGAACUCCAAGUGCAAAACAGUCGACAGUCCUCCGUCGCUCACGUCCACGCCCCCUUUCCCUCCGCCGCCGCCCUCUCCGCCCCUGACUCCGCCUCCGCCGUCUUCACCGCCGCCCCUAGCGAGCCUGGACGAGCGACGGUAUUCGCCGUACGACGAGGAGGCGGUCCCAAGUAGCACGGAGGACGGACGACGGUCCAGGGACGAGCAACUGGACGAGGCAAGGAGGUUUAUCGAGAGCCAGUUCGACGAGCAACGUCGACUGGCUGCGGCGUCCUCGCGACGAUACGACGACGAUCAACAACAACAACUCUCGAGGACCUCGUACGCCGACAUCUCGCCGCCGCGGAUAACUCUGCGAAACGAGUUCGACGAGGCGGUCGACGAGGACGACGGGGACGAGGAGGAGUUCCGCGUGAUGUCGGACGACGGGGAUCCGCCUCUGCCGAUCCUCGAGGAGGAGGAGGAGGACGAUCGGUUGUACGACAACGUGCCCGCGAUGAAGUACUCGAGCGCCGAUCAGAUCCGACUGGAGGUGGGUCGGCGUGGCGACAGCUCGGAGGACAUGCACGAGAAAUACGCGAACCUGACGACCUUGGGAACGCGUAGCCAACGACGGGACGACGAAUGGUCGUUCGAGGACGAUAGGCGGGAAGAGAAAGAGAAGGUAUACGUCGAGAAAGAGAAAACUACGGUGACCGGUUCCGGGUCCAGGUUCGAGCGUGGUUUCUCCGAGCCGGUCGAUGUCUCCAGGUACCAUCACGAGACCAGAUCCACCGAGCGACCGGUGAUCGUACCGGUCAGAGCGAAAUCGACGCCAUAUUACUCCACCACGAGCCUAAGCGGCGAGUCCACCACCUCCAGUCCGCCGAUGCAAAUACGUACGCAGAUACGCACCAAAACGAUGCCGUUCCCCUCGAGCAGAAGCCCUCAGAGCGAAGGAGACACGUCCUCCAGUAUGGACAGUCCUGUGCACACGCCGGUCCGCGGGCAGAUCGGUGUUCGUCGACGAAGACGGGAGAAUCUGAAGCGACGUCACCGAGUGGUGGUCGAUCUCGAGGUGAAGGACGGCCAGAUCGUGUCGAGCACCGAUUCCAGCUUCGACGUGGCAAGCCACGACGUCGACGACGACGAUGACGAGGACGAUGAGUACUCGGAGGCGAAGGACGAGCGACGAGCGUCCAGACGACAACAACAACAGCAGCGUUGA